UUAGUCACUGAAGACAAACAGGGCCUCGCUCGGGAUUGUAUCGUGAUGUAAACAUUGCCUAGACUUUGACUAGAAACAGAAACAUACUAGAAUAUUACAGUGGAUAUUAGUAUUUUGUUUAAUAUACAGUUAAGUCGUUGUGUUUCUAGUGGUGUCGGUUUCACGGGACCCGGUAAAACGUCCCCUAGCUAACACAUUGAGCUACAGUCCGGCAUCAACCAGGCGAAACAAGACUUUUAUCACAAAUCAUGAUCACCUACCGUUAAAACUGAUGUGAUGGAGUGUUCUAACGCAGAAGAUAAAUAAACAAAGAAAUAUUAUAUUACAACCGAUAAAGGAUAUCAAAACACAACAUUCAGGAUGGCAAAAACCAUUACUCAAAGUUCGACAAUCUUUGACAUGUCAAAUUUCGUGACCCGCUGUAAGACGGCUGACCCGUACUCAAUUAUGACGAAGUACCGUAUGAACCGACCAGGAGCCACACGUCGCGCCAAGAGUGCUCACAUCAGACGGAUACGAGGGGAUCUGUGUGGCUCGGAACGGUCGGACGAACAUACGAGAGCAGAAAGUGCAGAUAUGCAUAGUGUCACCACUGCAGGUGAUCUGUACGACUUCGACAAGGAUUUCCCCGAGGAUCUGGACCAGGAGGAUGAAGAGGACUUUGAACACCCCAAGGUCCAUUUGUCACCUUCCCAGGAGGUCUAUAAAAAAGCCUGUCGACAGCUCAAUGUUGUCAUUAGUCAAUUUUUCAGUCGGAAUCUUGUCCAGGAAAGUGUCAUCAUGCGACACCACGAGUUGGGGCCAAAGGGCGGAAAGGCAUGCGCACUUGCACUCAUGAACAACUCGAGCGUGACGACAUUGGAUUUGACAGACAAUGACCUCGGGCCGGCAGGAGGGGGCUAUAUAGGGGUGAUGCUGCAGGAUAAUCACUUCAUAUCAGAUCUUACUUUGUCAGACAAUAAACUGAAAAUAGACGGCACUAAAGACAUUCUGGAGGCCAUACUGGAUUACGACUGUAUCACCAGUCUAAACCUAUCAGGGAACGGGUAUAGGGAGUGUGAUGCCGAGGCGUUCCAACAUAUCAUAGAGGACACUACAAAAUUAACAAGACUGAAUUUGAGUCAUAAUGAAUUCCGUGAAGAAGGCGGAGAGAUCCUUGGUCAAGCUAUAGAAUUCAGUGAAACUCUCACUGAUCUAGACCUCAGUUGGAAUCACCUUCGACUGUCCGGAGGGGUAGCAUUGGCAAUAGGACUCCAGUUAAAUAGGAGUAUAAAGAGGUUAAAUCUGGCCUGGAAUGGUCUGUACAUGGACGGAUGUAAAGCUAUGGCCACUGCUCUGGAGGUCAAUCGAACACUAGAGGAACUUGACCUUUCAUCAAAUAGGAUCAAUAAAGAAUGUCUGGAGAAACUAUUGGCUGGUUUUAAGAAAAAUCGAACACUAAAAGUCAUAAAGCUGGCUUUGAACCCGCUAACUACGGCUGGAGCGGCUUUACUACUGUCUACUGUGAAAAACUCUACCGACCACGGUCUCAAGUUGGUGGACAUACAUACACAGGUAGUUGAGCAGGCAUACGCAACACAAGCGACAGAGCUACAAGAAGAGAGAGGUAUUGAGAUCAGAUAUGGAAUGGUGAGGGGCCAGGAGGGCUCCGGAGAUGAUCCCGACGGCAUGGAGCUUGUAGACGAGAACCCUGUACUGGUCCUUAUGGAGUUCGGUAAACUGAUGGGAUUCCGUCUUAUGGACCUGUUUUCCGCUCUGGAUAAAGAUGGUAGCAAGUCUCUGGAUAAGGUGGAAAUCAUGACGGG